AUGUCCAAUGUGUUCAUGCUGUACUGUUGGAUACGAGGUACCGAAAUCAACCAACAUUUUGGUUUAAAAAUUUUGCACUUUGACACUGUUCAUGCCCUGAAAACAGAGUUGAAGGCAUCUCAAGAUCUCGAUGUGCCAGCUUCAGCUCUGCGACUGUACAAACCAAGGGUCCCUGUGGCUGAGCUAGAAUAUCACAGUCUGAGGACGACCUCCGAGAGAGUCUUGAUACCAUUAAUGCAGCUGACAGGGUCGAUGAAUCCUCCUUUGAGGGUGAAAAACGUCAUAGAUGAAGAGGACCCCAUCAAAAUGGCACGGAAGUCCUUCCUGGCAAAUAUGGAUGACUAUUCCAAAAGACAAAAUCACAUUCAAAGUCGAAAAGAUCACAAUCACCUUCCAAUGCCUCGCAUCCGCCAGCUGGUCCAUGGCGAUAUACAUGAUACAAAUAUCAUGGUGAAGAAGGAUGAUCGGACAAAUGAAGGCCCAGCGAUGAUUAUGAUAUAUCACACAAAAAAACCCAAUGACAUUCUACUACAUCCCUGUAAACAGAUUUUGACAAUAAUGGUAUCUAGUCUUCACAAUCGUUCUGCAGAGGAAUGCAAUCAUGGAUAG